CAUGGCAAGUGAUCUAACCAGGUGGCAUACCUUAUAAAAACAGUUCAAGACAAGGAAUUAUACAGAUAGACAUCACAAUGUUGCUCAUUGUGACUAUCCUCCCAGCAGUAUUCUGUUUUGUUGAUGCUGCUGUGGACCUGGCGUCACCCUUGGUGUUUGACCCAACAUUCUAUGUCAACACUCACGCUGACCUUCACCAGAUGGGCAUCAACUCUAAAGCUGCCGCUAAACAACACUGGCUUUCAAAGGGGAUCAGCGAGGGAAGGCAGGGUUGUGGUAGCUUCCACUCGAAACAGUAUCUUAAAAGAUAUGCUGACCUUUCCAAAGCGUUUGGAACCAACUAUCAUCAAGCUAUUAACCACUACUUGACACAUCAGAGUGAGAAAAAGCUGGGGUAUGUCGAGGGAGGCUAUAACGGAAGGUGGACCAUAUCAAAUCAACACCAUGACCUCUUCAUCAGUGCCUCUGCUAGGAUGGGAGGAGCGAUUGACAGUCUGGUCUGGGACAACAAGGAAUUCAUUAAUGCAUGGGAUCAUGGCAGAGAGCUUCAGAUGGUGACCAACGUUCACCCAUACGGGGAGUGUUUCAACCCUACCGAAGCUGGAGGAAGAGAUGACGGCAAAAGAUCGAGCACGACGUCCAAGAUAAUAAGUGUAACAGCACAAAGGAAUAUCUUAAAAACGACAAAUCACCCAGCUUUCUGGCUUCGUCACGGUGACCACGGGUCGGCAGCCUCGAAGAAUCCUUCAUGCUUACCAGGUGUACCUACAAAAAACACUGUGGACACUUACGAAUACGACUUCUCAAAGAAUGUGACAAUAGGUUGUGCUGAAAUGUCUCAUUGCAUCAAAUAUGAGUCAAUGUUCACUAUUGGUGGCCAUUGGCCAGCUGGGUCUGUUUCACAUAAUAUUGCAGCUCCAACUGGUUAUUUGACAGGAGAGUUCCAAAUCCUUAAAAGUCUCAAUUUGGGUAAUGGCCAGAUACAACCGUACAGCAGCAAACACCCUGUUGUUCUUGCAACAUCAGAUCACAGGCAUGCAAUGGGAGUCUACUCUCCAGAGGGCCAAGACACAGAUGCUCACUUUUAUAAUGGGGCACGUUUCGGAAGUGCCUUUGGUAGUGGAACCAGUAAAUGGGGAUCGGGGUUCCGCAAGAAGGCUUUCCCAAAUGGAAGCUUGCACAAGUUAUCCUACGUCACCUACAUCUGCGUCGGAAAUCUUGACCAGGUCACUCAAUGCGUAAGAAAGCUUCACGCCACAUAUCCCAGAGUUUAGUAAUUCUUGUUAACCACACUGAAUAAACUAUUUCACCAGA